AACCCCGUCCCUCCUGCCGAGUCCAUGAGCCUUAGCCCACGCAUCACCAGUUCCCACCGCGCCACCAACCCCCAAGCAUCAGACCAAACCAAUCAGCACCACUUAUAUAUCGCACCUCACCGGCCGGUACCCUCCUCAGCUUCUCGCUCUGAAGCUUCGAACUACCAGUUACCCGGCACGGUUCCUUCUGAGCUUCUGCCAAACAGAGUACGAAGCCAAGAAACAGAGGAGAGGUAAGCGAUUGAUUGGUGUGGCCAUGGCCGCAGCGAGUUUGAUCAAGGUGCCCAUCGGCCAGAAUCCUAGGCUGGCGUGCCGCGCCCCGGGGAGGAGCGGAGGCCUGGUCAGGUGCUCGUUGCAGGGCGCGAUCGUCGGCGGCCGGACGGAGUGGCAGAGCAGCUGCGCGGUGCUGUCUAGCAAGGCGGCCGCGCUCGGCUCGCAGUCCAUCGACGGCCACGUCGCAUCGGCGCCGGCGCAGAACGGGGAGGUGCUGAACCUGGUCCCUGUGAGUAGUAUCAACGGCGGAGCCAAGAACCUGCCGCAGCCGCUGCGCAUCGCGGACCUGUCCCCGGCGCCGAUGCACGGGUCGCAGCUGCGCGUAGCGUACCAGGGCGUGCCGGGGGCGUACAGCGAGAAGGCGGCCGGGAAGGCGUACCCGGGCUGCGACGCCAUCCCCUGCGACCAGUUCGAGGUGGCGUUCCAUGCCGUGGAGCUGUGGAUCGCGGACCGCGCCGUGCUCCCCGUGGAGAACUCGCUGGGCGGCAGCAUCCACCGCAACUACGACCUCCUGCUCCGGCACCGCCUCCACAUCGUCGGCGAGGUGCAGCUCCCCGUGCACCACUGCCUCCUGGCUCUCCCGGGGGUGCGCAAGGAGUGCCUCACCCGCGUCAUCAGCCACCCGCAAGCGCUGGCGCAGUGCGAGCACACGCUCACCCGCAUGGGCCUCAACGUGGUCCGCGAGGCCUUCGACGACACGGCCGGCGCCGCCGAAUACGUGGCCGCCAACGGGCUCCGCGACACGGCCGCCAUCGCGUCCUCCCGCGCCGCCGAGCUGUACGGGAUGGAGGUGCUCGCCGACGGCAUCCAGGACGACUCCGGCAACGUGACGCGGUUCGUGAUGCUGGCCAGGGAGCCCAUCGUGCCGCGCACGGACCGCCCCUUCAAGACCAGCAUCGUGUUCGCUCACGACAAGGAGGGCACCUCCGUGCUCUUCAAGGUUCUCUCCGCCUUCGCCUUCCGCGACAUCUCCCUCACCAAGAUCGAGAGCCGGCCGCACCGCCACAGGCCCAUCCGCCUCGUCGACGACGCCAACGUCGGCACCGCCAAGCACUUCGAGUACAUGUUCUACGUCGACUUCCAGGCCUCCCUCGCCGAGCCCCGCGCGCAGAACGCGCUGGCCGAGGUCCAGGAGUUCACCUCCUUCUUGCGGGUGCUCGGCAGUUACCCCAUGGACAUGACCCCCAUGACCGCCGGCGCCUCCUCCACCAUAACCUCAUCCGAUGCCUCUCUUGAUUCCUCCUAGUGCUCAGAGGAGAAUUCGUCGAGUAGCGACGUUAGUUUCUGGUCAUGUCGUCCUACUCGUCCCUCGCUGCCGGGAGUUAAUCAAUUUUGAUUAUAUUUUUUAUCGUGAUAAUACGUGUAAUUGUUCCAUUCCAGCUAAUUCGUCUGCAGUGAAUAUACCUGUGAGAUUGAUA